UCCAUUUUCGAUUGCUCUUCUCGUGCCCGCCGCCUUAUAUAAAUGGGAGAAUCCUGCUCGAAUCCCUCUAACCCUCGCCCGAACCCUAGCCGCCCGCCGCAUCGCGGUAUAAAUAGAGGGAAGAGGGGAGGAGUUCUCCCCUCGGCCCUCGCCCAUGUUGCUAUCGAUUCCUCGUGUCCUUGCGGGAACCCCAGCCGUCCGCCGCGCGUUCUUUUCCUCCGUUCCUCACCCUCUCCGGAGGACAGCAACAGCAAUGGUGAAGCUAGUGGUGGCGACCACCGCCGACGCCGCUUCGGUGGGGCCCGCCUCCGCCUUCCUCGCUAUGCCCGGCUGGAACGCCGGCCCAUCUAUCUCCGUCCGUCCGAGGGGAUGGAGAGCUUUGCUAAUGGGGACGUGAGGCUGUUGAAGCACCGGGAGAACAUCGUGGCGGAGGACGACCUGGACCUCCGCUGGGAGGCCGCCACCGGCGAACCUGUGUCGGAGGUCAUCUUCCUCAGCCGCCACACCGCCGUCUCCAACCGCCCCGCCCUCACCGUCCACCCGAUCGGUGUGCCGCACUUGCGUGAGGACGAGACCCCGCCGCAAGGAGGGCGCCCCGGCUGGGCCAGCCUCCCCAACCCUCGGAUCGGCCCCUGGCUCCGCCUCCUCCGGAAGAUCGCCCAUUCCAAGGGUCUCGUUCCUGAGUUCGAGGUUACUCUGGAAGCAACUCAUCAUGGACCUAUAGUUCAUACGCCAACCAUGUUCUUGGAGAUAGGAAGCACAGAAGAGUACUGGGGUAGGCAAGAUGCUGCUCAAGCUAUGGCUCUACUUCUCUGGGAAGGAUUUGGCCUUGGAGGGGGUGAUGGUGUAGGAGAGUGGAAGGGGAGUGAUGGUAAAAAUAAAGUCGUUCUGGGAUUAGGAGGUGGUCAUUAUGCUCCUCGCCACAUGGAUAUUGUUGUGAAAGAUGGUGUAUGGGUGGGCCACCUACUAUCAGGAUAUGCUUUACCAAUGGAAGAUCCUAACCAGCAAAAUGUAAAAACUAGUGAGCAAACCAUUGGUGGAACCUGGAAACAAUCAAUAAAAGCUUCAUAUGAGGCUACUAGAGCAGCCUUUCCAGGAGGAGAAAUUCUAGCACAUCUAGAUCAAAAGAGCUUUAAGGGCUGGCAGAAGAAUGCCAUUGCAAGCUUUUUAGCAGAGCAGAAUAUAAAGAUCGGAAAACCUCAGGACUUCUUUUAGUAUACUAUGGUUGCCAUGCAAAAGUAUUGGCCUUUUUACCCCGUUAUACACCUGAUGUUAGUGAGGUUCACAAGUCAAGCUUUAUUCUUAUUUAUGUGAUUUCAGAGUAUGAUUCUGUUUAAGGUUAAACCAUUCAAUUUUUGGGGGGUUCAUAAGUUGCAAUUGAUUUCCAGCUUUGUAAUAACAAUUUCUCUGAUAUGAGAGUAGACAUUUUUCACAGAAUCUAUUA